GGUGUGUAAUCCAGUGGCGGAGAGGCGCGCCCAUGUGACAGGCUGCGCCGCUGCCGUCGUCUGCCUGCUCGUGCAAGCGUCUCUGCCCGCCAAACAGUGCGUGUGGGUGCUGCUGGCAGGGCCUGAUGCGUCGUGAGGUGAGGAGCAGCUGCCAUGCUCAUUAAGGAGUACCGCAUCCCGCUGCCCCUCACCGUCGAGGAGUACCGCAUCGCACAGCUCUUCAUGAUAGCGAAAAAAAGUCGUGAAGAGAGCAAAGGAGCUGGCAGCGGUGUGGAAAUUCUAGUCAAUGAACCGUACGAUGACGGACCCGGUGGGAAGGGACAGUACACCCACAAGCUCUACCAUGUCGGCAGCCACCUUCCAGGCUGGUUCAAAAGUUUACUGCCAAAGUCUGCACUCACGGUGGAAGAAGAAGCAUGGAAUGCUUAUCCUUAUACUAAAACCCGAUAUACAUGUCCCUUUGUUGAAAAGUUUUUUCUGGAAAUAGAAACCUACUAUUUUCCUGAUAAUGGCCACCAGGAAAAUGUGUUCAAACUAUCAGGAAGCGACCUGCGGAACAGGAUCGUUGACUUGAUUGAUGUUGUCAAGGAUCAGCUAUAUGGAGCCGACUAUGUCCGGGAUGAGGACCCAAAAAUGUAUGUUUCUCAAAAAACUGGCAGGGGUCCUCUCACAGAGACAUGGCUCGAAGAUUACUGGAAUGAGUGUCGGGGAAAGCAAAUGCCUUUACCAAAUGGAAAGUCCCUCAUGUGUGCCUAUAAACUCUGUAGGGUUGAAUUCCGCUACUGGGGUAUGCAGACAAAGCUGGAAAAGUUUAUACAUGAUGUUGCACUGCGGAAGACCAUGUUGCGAGCUCAUAGACAGGCAUGGGCUUGGCAGGAUGAAUGGCACGGCCUGACCAUGGAUGACAUCCGGCAAAUUGAGCGACAGACUCAGGAAGCCCUCAAGAGGAAAAUGGGUGCAGCAGAAAAUGAAUCUCAAGACUCGGGGGAUGAAGGUGAUGGACAGUAUGCAAAUUCGAAUGGUGGUGGAAGUGGUGUGUCUACGCCUCAGGAUUCGUCUGUAGCUAAGACAAUCCAAGCAACACUAGGAAGUAUCGAAAAACCUGAGCAAGAUAUGCCUAGCCCUCCAGUUGUCAAGAAAUCUGAAGCAAUGCCAUCCCUGAGUUCCAAAGGUUCAGAUGGGGAACCAAGCUCUGACAGUUCACCCACUGACUUAAAUUUAAGGAUUGAAGAUUCUUCACCAAGGGAUGCUGAGGGAAGACAUACACUCUGGUCUCGUAGCAACUCAAAAGCUGCGUUGCACUCUCCAGGUUCUGCCUCCAGCAAAAGCUUCAACUUGCAGGUGGCUAAUUGGCGUAUGGAGAGCAUUGUCCGGGACUCUGACUCCGGCAGUGAGGAGGAAUUUUUUGACUGCCAAGCGGGCUUUGUUAUUCCUGUUAUUAAGGAAGAUCUUGGAGAUUCUGGCUCUUUGGCAAAAUGGAGUUCAUUAGACUUACUUACAGAGGAAGAUAUAGAGGGUGUACCAGCAUCUGAUGCAGAUAAACAAGAUAGUAUAUUUUCUCAAUCCUACUUGCAACGUGUGGCCAGUGAACGGAGUCGUACACUGCAGGGUGCUGGUAGUAUAGAUGCAUCUUGUCCGGGCUCGCCCAUCACAUCCCCUGCCCACCAGACAUGCCGCACAAGUGUACUUAUACUUGUGCUGCAUGCAGGAAGCAUACUGGAUGCAAAUGUAGAUUUAGCAGCUAAAAAGUCUGACAUUACAACAUUCCGUGGUGCAUUUGAAUCAGUAAUGCGCCAGCACUACCCUUCUCUGAUAGGGCGUGUUGCUAUAAAACUGGUUUCUUGCCCUUCUGUAUGUACUGAGGCCUUAGGAGUGCUAUCCAGUUUAAGUCCUUACAGUUUUGAUGUGUCACCAUCAUGUACAGACACUCCUCAGGUUACACAUGAUUCAAUACCAGUUGGUGCUAUUCCAUUGUUUGCCACGUCUGCACCAGAGUAUCAGGAAUCUGUGUCACGUGUCAUCAACGCUGCAAAUGGUGUCUACCAAGAAUUUCUAAAAUCUGAAGAAGGACAAGGAUUUUCUGGGCAAGUUUGUUUUAUUGGUGAUGGUGUGGGGUCAAUUCUUGGUUUUGAUGCUUUGUGUCGUUUUAUACAUUAUCAAUCUCGGCAUGAUAGUGAGAAUAGUAUAUUAGAUUCAGAGUAUCCACAGCAAGUGGAAGAUGCCAUUGACAGUGCAAAAUCCAGCAACCGACAGGGAGGAGCAGAUGGUGACAAUAGUACAAAUGUGGAUGUUUCCUUCAAUAAGCUGCUGUCUGCUCCUGCACCUCGAAGACGAUCUUCUUCAGCAAGUGAGCAUUCUCAUCACUGCAAACUAGACUUUGAAGUCAGUGAUUUUUUCAUGUUUGGAAGUCCCCUGGCACUGGUUCUUGCAUACAGAAAAAUUUCUUCAUCUGAUGAUAAAAACAGCCCUAUACCAAAGCCCAUGGUGCAGCAGAUUUACAAUCUCUUUCAUCCCACUGAUCCAGUAGCAGCAAGGCUUGAACCUUUACUGUCAGCAAGGUUCUCUAUGCUGCCUCCUGUAAACGUUGCCAGGUACCAGAAAUAUCCAUUGGGAAAUGGGCAGCCAUAUCAUCUCUUGGAAGUAAUUCAGGCUAACCCACAAAUGUUCGCUGAGAGCUUGAAUCUGACAUCACCCAUUCAAGGAAGUCAUCUACGAAGAAUGUCAGAAGUUAGCAUCCAAAGUACUGUAUCAGGAGUAAUUGACUCAUUACCACUACAAACUAUUAAUGCCUUAACACAGAAAUGGUGGGGUACAAAGCGACUAGACUAUGCAUUGUAUUGUCCAGAGGGACUUGCAAAUUUCCCAACAAAUGCUUUGCCACAUCUUUUCCAUGCAAGUUAUUGGGAAUCAUCUGAUGUAAUUGCUUUCAUUUUGCGCCAACUGGCAAGAAUUGAUGGGGCACCUGCAGCAGGAUUUGAGGAAAAGGAUACAGCUGCUUUCAAUCCAGGGCAUCCACGGGAAAAAUGGAUCAAGAAGAGAACUUCAGUUAAACUGAAGAAUGUUGCUGCAAAUCAUCGAGCAAAUGAUGUAAUAGUAAAAGAGGGUGCACCUCAAAUUUUGACAGCCCGCUUCAUGUAUGGACCAUUGGACAUGAUCACCUUAGCAGGUGAAAAGGUGGACAUUCAUAUAAUGAAAGAUGUGCGUGCUGGAGAGUGGACAUUGAUAGCUACAGAAGUUACUGACAAGACUGGACGGGUGACAUACACCAUUCCUGAUGACAAAGCCCUUGGCUAUGGAAUGUACCCAGUAAAAAUGGUUGUUAGAGGUGAUCACACAUCAGUGGACUUCUACAUGGCUGUUGUUCCACCUAAAACAGAGUUCGUUGUCUUCAGUAUAGAUGGUUCCUUCACUGCAAGUAUGUCUGUGACUGGUCGUGAUCCAAAAGUCAGAGCAGGUGCCGUAGAUGUUGUGAGGCACUGGCAAGAACUGGGUUAUUUGAUAGUGUACAUAACAGGCAGACCAGACAUGCAGCAGCAGAAAGUGGUCUCAUGGCUGUCACAACACAAUUUUCCCCAUGGUCUCCUUUCGUUUGCUGAUGGCUUUUCUACAGAUCCACUGGGUCACAAGACAAUGUAUCUGAGAAACUUAAUUCAGGAACAUGGGGUUGCGAUUCAUGUAGCAUAUGGUAGUAGCAAAGACAUCAGUGUGUACACUUCAAUUGGUUUGAAACCAAAACAAAUAUUCAUUGUUGGAAAAGUUUCAAAAAAGCAUCAUACACUGGCAACAAUUUUGCAAGAUGGAUAUGCAGCACAUUUGACAACUUUGAUGGCUCCUGGUGGAUCUCGGCCUGCCCAAGGAAAUGCCAGAAUGGUCAUACCAAGAGGAUACUUUGGACUGCCAGGACAAAAUGCCUCAAUUAGAAGGCGCAGUCGAUCUGCAAAGCGUGCAACGUCAUAUCCACUAAUGGGAGGUGCUGAAUCUCUGGACCGAAGUGCUAGCACUAAGACACGUUGGACUUCACGCUUCUGUGCAACUUCUUCAACUAAGCUUUGAUGAAAACUUUAUUUCUCAGUCUGGCAGUUUGUGAGAAGAAGUUUAGUUUUAAAAUAGAAAUUUGUUUGGUGGUUAAAGUAUGACAGGAAAUGUGGAAAAUUUGCAUUUAAAAUUGAUGUUGAAUUUAAAGUGAGAUGUAUUUGCUGACAUAAAAUCUGUGACAUAUUCUACAAAAUAAAAAUAAAAAAAUUCAUCCCCUUUCUCCAAAAAAGGGGUAAGGAACUUCAUUCAUAUAUUCAAACAUAAAUUCUAAAGACAUGUUUAUGUGGGAGAGAAUGUUUUGUUUCAUGUAUGUCUUUAAUGCAGAAUGCACGCAACCCGAAGUGUUCGUGGGCUGCAGAAUGGAUGAGUGCAUCUUUUUUACUUCGUUGGAAAUAUUUAUUUGAAUAUAAAAAAUACGCUUACUUGUGAAUAUUGGUUACAAAUAUUCACAUCCUUUAUUGUUCCUUUUUGAUGUCUGAUGUGGAAUGUGUGUUCAUUGUAACUAUCAGUGUAAAUAUUGUACAGCAAAAUGUAAGAUAAUAGUGUUAUUUGUUGCUAUCGUUUGCAAGAAAAUAAUAUUACUAUAACUUCUUAUGCUAUGUAAAUAUUUACCAUUAAUAUGGAUCCUAAAAGGCUAUAUUGUAUUGUAACUCUCACGAAUAGGUUAUCAAGAAUGUAUGUAAAUGGUUCGCACUGUAAUAUUUAAGCAGCCUAGCCACUUUAAUUGAAAGUAUCUCUAUAUUUUUUGUUAUCUUUGUUGGAAAUGAUAUUCAAUUUUAUCACAGUCUUCAUUAAGACUCAUUGUGAUAAUAAGUUUUUUUUUGUGUCCUUGAAGGAGUCUUCCUGUUACUCUUGUCCUUUUUGAGGUGUGUCUACCACGAUAUUAAGAGAAAUUUAAAAAAAGUAUAUUAGUUAGAUAUUUUUAAAAUGUUGUUAUUAUUUAUCUUUUGUAAGGAUGUUGUUUUUAUGCCCUACUUAAUGUACAAAUGCGGACAAGAUCGUAGAGAAAUAAUAGUGUUUAUAUAGACACUUCAUCCUUCACAUAUUCAGAUGUAGUGAAGUAUAGGCUAUUUUGUUGUUAUUUAUAUAGGUCGUUAAAUAUUUGAUAUGCUCCUUUGCAUUUCAGAUCCCUGGUAGAAUGUUCCUCUAUUCAGAUGUGAUAGUCACCUUUACAGAUAUGUGAAACUGUUACUUCAAUUGACAUUCUGCAGUUUUGUAAUCCUGAAUGUAGAGUAAAUUUAACUAUCUACAGUGCUAUAAAACAUUAUUUUUCUUUUUAUGAGCAUCAGAGAGUAGUAAGUGGAUAAUUUUGACACCUGAAUCAAAAGUGAAAACAUGAAAUAAAGUAUGUAUUGUUUAAGAAAAGAUACAAAUUAUUACCAGAAAGCACAGAUUUUUAAUAGUAUAAUCAAAAUUAGUUGUUAAAAGUAAACACAGCUACAGAAAAAAAAAUUAAACCUUCAGUUGAAUUUCCUUUCUUCCAAAGUGAGGAAGUCUUUACAGAUUAUUUAAAAUGAUGAAAAAUACCUACUUGAGGUUGGCACGCUAACUCCUGAAGAUGGAUUUUGUUGAAAAGUGGUUUCUUCCAUACAUUUCACUUGGCUUCACAAAUUGAAAUUUGAUUUCUAAUGAACAGAUGUGACAGCAGAGUGCAUUUAUUAUGCUAAACUCAACCAAUAGAAAAUUACACAAAAAUUGCUGCCUUUCUGUAUCUUCUGAAAAGUUUAGUUUAGUAUUUACUAUAGAAAAACAUCUGUUGUUGAUUCUUCAUGCAAACUACUUCUACCUGACAUUCACACUAGAAUACCUCUUGGAGCACUGUAAUCUAUCAGUCAGUGAAACGAUGCAAAUAAUGUUAUUCAGUGCUGUAUAAGUAACUCCUCAGGUGUCAGUGUGUCCAUAUUCUACAUUCUCAAACAUAACUUUCUUAAAUUGUAACUUCCUAAGCUCUAAUUUUUGUAGUGCUCAUUGACCACACCCUGAUAAUGCCUUUGCCCUGAACUUCAUCAAUCAUAGUGUGACUUCAUUUUAGUGUUACGAGCAUUCUUACUGUAUGUAAUAAAAUUAUAAAAACUAUAUUGAAUCUCACACUUUGAAAAAAAAAAGCCUGCUGUGUUGAGUGAUAUUACUAUAGUUUCUUAGUAACAUGAAGUACCAAUAUCUUUAGAAGGUUAUUCUUAAUUUCAUAUGUUUUCAAGAUUAUUUGUGUACACAGUACCUGAAAUAAUAGAUAUUUCUAAGUACCACAUAGAAUUUUCCAUCACAGUAGUUAUGGUUUCAAGAGUUGAAUAAUUUACACAUACUUUUAAUUUCAGACUGAAUCUGUGAUUUAUUGAUGUAGCUCUCAAAGACCAGUUUCAGUUACCUUAUAGGCCAUAUAGUUUUCACUUGCAUGUCUUAAUUUUGUGCAAUAGAUUUGUAGUGAGCAUCUUGUAAGUGAAAUGUAGAGAAGAAGUUUGUAGCUAUUUCAUCAAAGGUUUUAUUCAAAGAUAAGGCAUGGAUGGUGCAGUUGUGCUUGUCAACAACUGGAGGUGUUUGAGGAGAUGCAGAAAAAAAUAUGGAAUUUUAUAUAGUUACCAGUAAGGGACAUACUACAGAAAUUAAUUACAAAAUGAAGCAGAUUAUUAUAUUUUGAAUGGAAAUGUUAGCCACUAAUUUGGCAUGAUAAAAUAUCUAUUUUCUGACUUAAUACUAAAUUAAUUUCAAUUAUUAUAUGUCCAUUUAAUUCUGCUUCUUUAUGCAAGUAAAACAAUGGAAUAAUUUAUAUUUUGUAUUCAUACAAAUAUAUUUAUAAA